AUUUAUGUAAAAGAUAUAUUUUUUAUUUUUAUUAGAUUGAUUGUAAUAAUUAUUGGGAUUUUAGUAGGAGUGGCAUUUUUUGUAUUAUUAGAACGUAAAAUUCUUGGGUAUAUUCAGGAUCGAAAAGGUCCUAAUAAGGUUUUAUUAUUAGGAGUGUUUCAAUCAUUUGGAGAUGCAAUUAAAUUAUUUGUAAAGGAGAAUGUAAAAUUGUAUAAAUUAAAUUAUUUAUUUUAUUUUAUGAGUCCUAUAGUUGGAUUUUUUAUAGUGUUAAUGUUAGCAAUUAGGAUUCCGUUUAAUGAAAAUUUAUUUUGUAUAAAUUUAUUUUUAUUAUAUAUAAUGAGAUGUUUAAGAUUAGGGGUUUAUAUUAUUAUAAUAAGUGGUUGGUCUUCAAAUUCUAUGUAUGCUAUUUUGGGAGGGGUUCGAUCUGUAGCUCAGUCCUUAUCUUAUGAGGUAUCAAUAUUUUUAAUUUUUUUUGUUAUAUUUUUUUAUGUAGAAAGUUUUAAAUUAAUUGAUUUUUUAGUCUAUCAAAGAGGGAUUUUAAAAUUUUGAUAUAUAAAUUUUAUAGUUUGUAUAAUAAUAUUUUUAAGAAUAGUAGCUGAAUUAAAUCGAAUACCUUUUGAUUUUAUUGAAGGUGAGUCAGAGCUAGUAUCUGGAUUUAAUAUUGAAUAUAUAAGUGGAAGAUUUACUUUAAUUUUUUUGGGGGAAUAUAUAAUAAUUAUAGUUUUAGGUAUUUUAUUUGUUUUAAUAAAUUUUGGAGGAAAUAUAAUAAAUUUAAUUAGAAUUUUAUUAGUAUUGAUAUUUAUAAUUUUAGUAAUUUGAAUUCGAGGAUGUUUACCUCGGAUACGAUAUGAUAAUUUAAUAUAUUUUUGUUGAUAUUAUAUUUUAAGAUUAGUUAUAUUAAAUUUAUUAAUAGUAUUUAUUUUUAAGUAUUAUUUAUAUUUAAUAUAUUAA